GAAAGAUUUGCCCUUCGUGGCUCGCACAGACUAACAUAUAAAAGCUGUUAGCAGCUCCUGUAGCCAGCCGCUAGAAAGCUUGCAAAGUUUCUCUCUCCCUCUCCCUCUCUUUCUCUUUGAGGGUUUGUAAUAAGACACACACUUCUUUCCAAGGGUUCACACUAGAGCACAGACAAGAGCUGUUUAACUUGGAAGGACAAUACACUAGGCUUUUUGGUUCUGCAAAGAGAUCUUCUGCUUACCAUUGUGAGUUGAAGUAAAUCUUUGCUCCCCACCCCACCACCAGGGCCCAAAAUGACAGUAAUUUCUGCCAUCAGUGGUACCCUCUUGAUUUCCCUUCUCUGUGAAACAAGUGCAAUAGAGUCACACAACUCCACUGAGCUGUUCUUGUCAGCCAAUAAUUACACGGACGCUGGAGCGGCCUUGAACAUUCCUCCGGAUUCUGCAAGCCCUCCCAAAACCAGGAGGAAACGAUAUAUUUCACAGAAUGACAUGAUUGCCAUUCUGGAUUAUCACAACCAAGUCAGAGGCAAAGUCUUCCCACCAGCAUCUAACAUGGAAUAUAUGGUGUGGGAUGAAAAUCUAGCCAAGUCUGCUGAAGCAUGGGCUGCCACCUGCAUUUGGGACCAUGGCCCUUCAUACUUAAUGAGAUUCUUGGGACAAAAUCUGUCGGUACGGACUGGAAGGUAUCGAUCUAUUCUCCAGCUGGUGAAGCCAUGGUACGAUGAAGUGAAAGACUACGCAUUUCCGUAUCCUCAGGACUGUAAUCCAAGGUGUCCGCUGAGAUGCUAUGGGCCCGUGUGCACACAUUACACCCAGAUGGUUUGGGCCACUUCCAAUCGAAUAGGCUGUGCAAUCCACACAUGCCACAACAUGAAUGUCUGGGGGUCAGUCUGGCGACGAGCUGUUUAUUUGGUAUGCAACUAUGCCCCAAAGGGGAACUGGAUUGGAGAAGCGCCAUAUAAAGUAGGGGUGCCGUGUUCCGCUUGCCCUCCCAGUUAUGGAGGAUCCUGCACUGACAAUCUUUGUUUUCCAGGAGUAACAUCAAACUACUUAUAUUGGUUUAAGUAAAAUAGUGCAGCAUCCCAAUAACUAUUCUGGUCAAAUGAGACUGUAACACAAUAUUGUAUAUUGAACUUUGCACAUAUUGUAUGUAAAUAAUUUUAAUAAUAUUAAUAAUAAAUGUACUUUGUGAAGUAGUUUGAAUAAUUAGAUUUCUGGAUGUGGCAAAAAUCCUCUUCAGCCCUGCUUAAUUGACAGAGUCACCCUUCCAGAUCACUGAUAGGCAGAGAGGAAUAUCAUAUAUUUACAAAGAGAAAGAAAAGGAAGCUAUAGAAAUGGCAAGUAAUGGAGCGAUCCACAAACAAUCUCAACUGGGUUACUUGGAUUUAAGGUAAUUAAAUUCUGCUUCCUUAAAAGUCAUUGGGAAUAUAUUUUCUUAUCUUCAAAAUCUCCACCAUUACAGGGUUGUAGUGACAUGCAAUGUUCUGAGUUCUACAAAUGUCUUCUAGCCAAACUGGCAAAAUAGAAGAUAUGUACAAAUCAAGCAAUUUAAGGAACACAAAUUAACUCUGUAAUAGAACAAAAUCACCUAUGAAUUAUUCUUUUGUGUGUCUGUUAUUCUUUAGAAUGAGAAAAGCAAGUGCAUUUUGGUAAAAUAAUAAUCAUAAUGUUUGUGGGAAAAAAGGGGGGGAGGUCUUCAGAUGAUUUUGUGAGGAAAAAUUUACUUAAACCUUAGCAGUGUAUGUUUUGUACAGGGUUCUUGUUCCAGAAUCUAAGCAGUAUUGAGCAAAUGUUCUAGUUUAUUUCUUUUCUUCAAAGCAUGCGCGUUACUGCAAUUGUGGCCUGGUGCUAUGGACUGAUUUUAUCUGUGAGAGCACAAAUAAUGGAAAACGUUGCUGCAGCAAGUAACAUCCUAGCCAUGUCAAAAGAGGCAGAACUUUCUGGCUAUGCCCUUCUUGACAUACCUUUUCUGACCAGAUGCUCAUACCUGAAGACAUAAAAGUUUCUUUGGGCACUGCAGGGUGGUCCCCUUCCCCCUUGGAUUGGUACUCCCUGUUGACAGAGCAGACCUGAUAGCUGCUGUCGUGCUGAUGCAGGUCCCAGGACCACAUCAAGAUGUUCAGUAACAUUAGAUGGAGCUGUUAGGCUCCUUCAUUCGUGGUAGAAAAUUUGCUGCAUUUGCCUUGUUCAGAUUUGCUGUUCCCUAUGACCAAGUCAGACUCAGUUCAGUACCUUUAUCUUUAACUGGCUCUGUUCUGUUAAACUAGGUAACAGAGUUGUGAGUGAUAGUUGUGGUUGAACCUUUGCAGUCAUAUAUCUGAAUGAAAUGCCAGGCAGAGGAAGCAUAGAUGUAUUUGCUGCAGAUGACCACAGUAACAUGUGGAUGUCUGGAGCUGGGGGCUAGCAGCAUGCAGAUGCUAGAGGUAGGGCCAGGAACACAAUACUGCCCCCCAUAAUUAUGUAAUAUCCCUUUCACAUGUUACUAAAGAGCUAAAGCGUAACUGAUAUUCAUGGGUGCAACAUCAAACUGAUUUUACUCUUGUGAAAUAAGCUGUUGUUCUUUUGUAUGAAUGAUCUCCUCUAGGGAGAGGAUGAGUGUUGAGAAAAAUGCAAAUCCUAUAUAUUUUUAAUAUUUUUUUGGGGGGGAUAAGUAUGACAUUAAAAAUGCAAUACUUUUUUAAAAAACAGUGUUUAUGCUUUCUAAACAGAACUAGUAACUGUAAAUAUAUGAUUCUGUAAUGUAGCAGAAACUAUUACAUACAUACAUUACAUUAACUGUUAUUCUUCUACAUUGUAUGAAUAAGCUGGUUCUGUGGAAUAGCUGUCUUUCAACAGUUCAAGUAACAAAAGUUUUCUAUUAUCAAAGAGGUGCAUAAGCUUUUUCACAGUCUACAACAAUGGUGCUAAGAAUGGGCGAAAGUCUGGCUGCAUUGAAAGCAAUGACUUAUUUU